AGUUGUACCAUUUGCUUGCAUUGGCGGCAAAACAAAAGCGCGGUUAUUUCCUUCACCAAAAAAAAACUGCUUGAUCUUCGAGGACGAUUCUAAUUGUAUUCAAGGAAAUUAGCAGUGACUGUCUUAUAUUUUUGUGCUGAAUCCGUUUUUGACAGAUUUAACUCAAAUCUUUGAAUCUCUGAGAUCUUCGACUGUGAACCAUGUUCGCCGACAACACGACCGAGGCAGCCGAUAGAAAUGUCGAAAUAUGGAAGAUCAAGAAACUCAUUAAAAGUUUAGAAGCUGCACGGGGGUAAGUACAGAUGUAAAAUGAAUAUAGUGAAUACCAAUAAUCAACUUACGGGUCCUUAGAGAACGUAACGUUCUGUUGGUCGUACUCAUGAAACGAUCGAACAUCGAACAUCAUACCAAGUAAAGGGAUGCGUUUAUAAUCGUCUUUUCUUUUACGAAGCAAUAUAUAUUGCUGGUUUUCAGUGUCACGCCAUUCAAAAUAGAUCAAAAUAAAAAUCAAAACUAUUCGAUAGAUAAAGUCCAGAAUCUGGGAAAUGAAAGGAGGUAAAUAUGCAAAGACCCUCGCCAAGAUUUGGGUCGAAGGAAUAAUUCGUAUACGAGAUAUCUGAGGAAAUGUUUUACCCAAAUUUAUAGAGCUUCGUAUGGAGACGCCCUGCUGGAGCCACAGGCAGCCCAAGCGCACUAUGUUUGGGUUCAGGCUUCAGAGGUCAUUUGGUCGGAAUAUACUAGAAUUAUUAGUGUAUUAUCUGAUGCCAAAUAAAUGCAAAAAUCUUAAAGAUACGAGGUCUUCUUGUUUGUCUAUCUGUACUAGUAGCUUUUAAGAUAACGAUGGUCGAGAUUUCUUGCAUUAUUACAUGUGAUUUGGGCCCUUAUUGUUCGAAUUUUAUCACAUGUCAGACAUGUAUUCGACUCUACAAUGCUAAGAAAAAAAUCACGAUCACGCAAAAUAUUGAUUCAAAAAUGUCCCUUACCUUUAGUUCAUAGCCACUCAGUGUCCUACGGCCGGUUUAAACGCCGUUUGGUCGAGUUUCUUUCCAUCAAGUACUGAACACUAUAAAAGAAGGGAAGGCUGGAGACCUUCCAAGACCUUCCAACCGACCCUCGCCGUGCAAAGGCCAAUAAAUUCCAAACAAAGCGACCAAUCUCCCUAAAAUUGCCACCAGCGAGACCAAAGAGCGUAUAUCUACCCGUUCGACAAGCGCCAGUUUCUAAAUUCGGCUGCAUGAGCCUGAGGAGUGCUGCAUUUCGCAUCGAUUCUGGCCAGCUUCUCUUCGCCAUGAUGCAUAAUCAGACUGUUAUCCUACGAGAUUCGAAUCUUGGAGCUUAGCGACCGCGUCAGAUCGACAAAACGUCACUCUCGCAGGGGAGGGUCGUUACUUUUGCCCUAUUGCAAACCGACACUAUGGGGGGAGCUGAUGCGUUUAAUUCAACCGGAAACAGCUCACACGUAGGGUAACAGUCAGAUUACGCAUCAUGGCGAAGCGAAGCUGGCAAGAAUCGAUGCGAAAUGCAGCGCUCCUUGGGCUCAUGCAGCCGAAUUUAGAAACUGGCGCUCGUCGAACGGGUAGAUAUACACUCUUUGGUCUCGCUAGUGACAAUUUUAGGGAGAUCGGUCGCUUUGUUUGGAAUUUAUUGGCCUUCGCACGGCGAGGGUCGGUUGGAAGAUCUCCAGCCUUCCCUUCUUUUAUAGUGUUCAGUACUCGAUGGAAAGAAACUCGACUAAAUGGCGUUUAAACCGGCUGUAGGACACAGAGUGGCUAUGAACUAAAGGUAAGGGAGAUUUUUGAAUCAAUAUUUUGCGUGAUCGUGAUUUUUUUUUCUUAGCAUUGUAGAGUCGAAUACAUGUCUGACAUGUGAUAAAAUUCCAACAAUAAGGGCCCGAAUCACAUGUAAUAAUGCAAGAAAUCUCGACCUUCGUUAUCUUAAAGGCUACUAGUACAGAUAGACAAACAAGAAGACCUCGUAUCUUUAAGAUGUUUGCAUUUAUUUGGCAUCAGAUAAUACACCAAUAAUUCUAGUAUAUUCCGACCAAAUGACCUCUGAAGCCCGAACCCAAACAUAGUGCGCUUGGGCUGCCUGUGCUGGAGCUCAUCCGGAUGAGCUCCAACAUGGAGGACGAACACCAACAGAGACAUCUGUUACCGAGUUUUGCUACAAAAGUGUGAAUUUACUCCUAGAGGAACUCAUCAACAUUAAAGUAAUACUUUUUCUAAUACUUGAACUGUUUAGAUAGCAAAAUUCCUCGAAAAAAGUCACUUUUUUAACAUAAAUGACAGCUCUCUCAGCCGUCAUGUAAAUGCUGCAUCACGCAAAAGCUUACAAAUUCAAGCGUACUCUAUUACAAAACCAAGAAACCUUUUGAAGUGAGAAUUGGUUUGAAAAUUAGUUUUCAGCUGCUCUAAUACACCGUGAAAGAAAAAUCUCAGUAGGAUGGAUAGUUUUGUAGGUUGAAUUUUAGUGACGUCAUGUGAAAACCAACAAUAAGCGUAAAUAUGGGUUUGUGGUAAUCUAUAUGGUCCUAUAUAGAUACCUAAACCAGGAAGCUGUCAUGAUAGAUUCUUGUUAGUGCUAAAAAGUUUCGCACAUAAGAAUUAUCAGCCCUCCAAGUUGCGACCAUUUUAGUCGCCAUGGCGCCUAAAAUUUUGGAACUGGCGACUUGAUUUGGAGAUUAGUUGCCAAGUUGGCGACCGUGAAGAACAGGUGCGUGUUAUUGUGUAUAGAAACAGAAAUGGUAAUCACUUCUACUGAAAUAAAAAGAACAUUUAUUCUAGCUGAUUUAUUUUGGGUUCCAUUACUUUUUACUUUUCUGUUGAAAAACAUGCUAAAUUGAGAACUUAAAAAAGUCUCAGAGCUAAGCGUUUUGAAAAUGAACAUCAAUGAAACUUGACUUGCAUUUGUUUGCCCAAUCGCCUUCAGACUGUUGCCUUGCACGUGACAUUUUAACUUUUGACAUGUGACAAAUGGCAUGCAAUCGAAGGGCCUUGUUUGUCGACAGUGACGAUUUCUUCGAUAUCUUAGGAAUGCUUGUCUGGCCAAGUUUGGUGGUUUUUUUAACUGGACUACAUAUUAUAAAUAUUUUGAAUCAGUAAACAAUCUAAUAACAUGAAGAGGGAAAGCCAAAUUGGUGCAAAGUCAACACAGAACAUUGUGCAAUAACCCUAGCAUGUGAACCGUGCUGCGAGUUGAAUUGCAGUUUUGUAAACGAAAGCGAUAAUUGUAAGUGAAACUAAAAAUCGCAAAACUGACAGCUUAUGGUUGUUGCAAAAAAUUUUUUUGUUAAACACCUGUAGCGGUGAUAAAGGAAAAAGAAAAUUUAUUAUUUCGUAAGCGGCAUUUUUGUUUGGGUUCCUUUCAAUGGAUUGGGAAAAACAUUUUUUCCCAGUACAACUCGUUGCAAAAUUUUCACUUGUGCGAUGUUGUCUCUAUAAAGCAAUGAUUUGAUUUAGAAAACUUGUUGAUCUUCCUAUACUCUCCUGCCUUUGUCAGGCUUUUGCAAUGUCUAGCGAUAUUGAGGAAACAAGUCCAUCAUCAACAAAAGUCACGAAAGAAAUGCGAAACAAAUAUCAGAAAAAAAUAGGUCACCUAUCAAGUUGCGACUGGGAAAUUUUGAACACAUUAACAGAGGAUGAGUUAAGUUCUGCUCUCAUAUACCAACUGGGGAUUAUACAGAAGGAUUGAAGGCCCUAAAGACAACUGGAAAUGGUAAUUGUCUUUACAAUUCCGUUUCAGUAUUGAUUCAAGGAGAUGAAUCUGCAAACCUUAUUCUCAGACUGUCAGUAACUAGUGCCUUGCACAAUAAACGAGUAAUUUAUAGACGGUGCUGCAUUUUAAGUUAAACUUGCUAACUACUUUUGUUAAUGACAAUUUUGAUAUAUUAAUUUAUUAAUAUAAUUUGGCGCCUAAAAAUUUCCCCUGGCGACUAAACCCAAAGAGCUGGUUGCCAAAUGGCCACUGAACAAAAAUUUUAACUUUGAGGGUUGAUUAUAGAGAACUUGAGCAACUUUGAGCUCCAGCUGAAAAUUAAUUAAGCUUAAAAAAUUUUCAAAAUUUUGACUUGAGACUUAAAACAAUUCUAAAAUUAGCCAUGCGUUUGGGCUUUGAAAAUCAAGGACCCCUAUUUAUCGGUAAACGGGGAGCUAGAUAGGUUAUGAAGUUAUUUUUGGGUAGUGUUUGUGUUGAGUUAGUUUGUGUAUUUGAAAUUGACACUAAGCUUAAAUCUUUUACUUAAUUCCAAAAACAACAAAAUUCACUCAUAGCCUUGUUGUGUCCAAACUAGUGUUAUACUUAACUUAGGUGCUUUUCCAAGAGUUGAAAAUUAAAAAUUAGUCUUUUCUCGAAUUUUUACUAAAACCCAUCAUAUCCAUAAAUAUCAUUUAAAAGUGAACUGAUCUGCCUGGGGAGUCCUGGCACCAGUUGUUCAAAAGGUGGAUAGCACUAUCCACUGCACAGAUCUCUAUCCAGUGGAUAGUGCAAUUGGUUUCGCUAAUACUUAUCCGCUGGAUAUAUUUAUCUGAUGGAUAGCACUAAACAAUUUUUAACAACUGGGGCCUGAUUAAUAGUGGAAUUCUCCUUAUAAUUUACCUUCUGAGCAUCAGAUUUCACGUGUAGUUUCACGUGACUUUUGAUGACCUUUGUUGUAAACAAACCCCUAAAGUUCGGACAUCCAUUCUCUGCCACAUACUGUACUUGUUCGCGUUACAACUCGCUAUUUCAAGUUCGAUUGCUCUAAUUUAUAAAUGUUAUUUCCCUUUCGCUGUUUGAAAAUUGAAAAGUAUGAGGUUCAAAAAUGUCUAAGGAGAAGAACAAGAGUGAUUUUAAGGCCAAGAGCAUUGCAAAACUGCAGGAAUGAGGAGUGCUUGCAGUGGAAAUUCCCAUCUCAGCAGCUGAAAUGGUUUUAACAUUGGAACUAAACCUCGAAAGAGAUAAAACUGGUGAUGUAGGCAAAUUUCAUGAUACAAACAUAAUUCUCAUUUCAAAAUUCAUGAUCACACACGAUCACACACUAUUAUUAAUUAAUUUCCAAUCCAUUUUCGCUAUAAAGACCGUUUGGCCAUUUGUGGUUGAAAUUUUCCUUUUCAACGUAUAUUAUGGCAAGCUGGGACUCUAUUCUUUUGAUGACAGUUAUGUUGAUGGUUUUUACUUACUGAAUUUGAAUCAAGAAGCUGUUCACAUAUCUGUACCAAAAAAGUGCAGGCUUUUGUGAACAUGUACUGGGUUUGUAUUUAAGAGCAGUUUUCAGUAAAUAUCGACCCACGGUCGGCACAAGUUCAAAAUUUGAUUUCGCUCAUUUUUGGCUCAUCGAUAACCCUUAAUGAGUAAUGAAACAUGCUGUAGUUAGUUUUCCUAACUAACAUGUUCUUUUGUUAAAAUUCGAGAAAACUCAUUUUGCCUGUUGGGAGCUCAGAAUCCACUUCCGGUAAAGUGAAAUUUUACAGAAAUUUCAUUGACUCGUACGUCAAACUACAACGAUUUAGCUGUCUUUGAAGAACACGAAUAGUUUUUAUGACUCUUUCUUUUUUAUAAAAUGAUACAUUUGUGAAAGCUAGAAUACUUUUGUGGCCAAAAAGGUAUUGUUAAAAAUGGGCCCUAUUAGCAAUUUUUACCGUUCCAAAUUAUGAGGAUAAAAUAAUGCAAAUUUUAACCGCGGGCUAUACCUUAGAAUUUCACAAAUUGACUCUCUACGGCAUUACUAGGCCCCAAUCUAUCACGCCAGUGUUACUGAUAGAUACACUUUAAACAUGUACUUAAAGGCAGAUUAAAAGCCAAAUCGAAAUUAAGUCUUUCAGUAAAUGUGUUACAUUGAUUGCAGCAUUUUCUUCAGACACAACAUAUAGCGUCCCCAGGAUAGCGUCACACACUUUCAUGUUCAGUUUCAGACUGGCGAUUUCCCUCAAAAAAUGGUAUAUAAACAGAAAAAAAUCUAAAAACUAAAACUGAUAACUGAAUGAAUUUUUGUAUUGCGGGAUUAGGAAUUAAAUCAUCGCCAAACAAUGCCAUUUGGUUUAUAGAAACUAAUUUCCUUGAAGCAAUUAAUUAUUUCCGACUAAGUAUUGGUGCAAUAGUUCUUUUCGAAGUUUUUGCCCUUGUGGGCUCUCAAAACUGAAAAAGAGCUAAGUGGAUGUCAAAGAGGAGCCUACUGUAUUUUCUUGUAUGACAACGUGUAUGAAUCAUGAAGCUACUGCAUGACUCUAUAUAUGACCCAUUAAAACAAACUAAGAAGACACUUUGGUGCUUUGCCAGGCUUACCAUUAACUCAGUUUCGCGUUGUUUUCGACAUUUCAGUGGAAAAUUCCUGAAACAAACGGAACGUCUGAAAAGGCAUUCCUAUUUUCCCGGUUGGAAAAUUCCAGGCUGAAAUUAGGAUUUCAUGUCUACAAACCUUUUUUGAAUGUUAGUUUCAGGCUUUCGAGGCCCUUUUUCAUUAAACGAAACUGACUUAGGCAAAUGGUAAGCGCCAUUACUGAACAGAAUCAAAAUUCAUCAGUCCUAAAUUCUGUUCACCAUUAGCCCAAACCGUGAAGCGACCGGUUUACCCAUGUCAAUAGUAGAAAAGCCUUGUGUCCAAAAGCCUGUGAUGCAGCUUCCUCUCCAGCAUUGCUAUCUGCCACUAGGGAUGUUUCGUCAAAGAGCGGUGAGAGACGUGUGUAUCGAAGACUAUGCAUCUUAUAUCGUAAGUACCUUGAGGGGCCUUAUUAAGUGCAUAGUAGAUUGUAGCAAUGGCAGAUCGUUGCUAUAUCUCUAGUUACUUUUUAAGGGACACCAACAGCAAACUCACUAUUCCUCUACCCCAGAGCAGUUCUUUGGAAUAACCUUUCUAUAUAUCGACCAGCGGCAGGCAAAGUCUCUUGGGGGUUUUAGGGCUGGCUGCAAACAAUUCUUCUGGAGAUCUACACGAUACUUAUGUAGAGCAGACUAAGGCUCUCAGUCUAAUUUGGUCUUGUGACAAAGACAAAGGCAAGGUUUUGGAGGCCUUCAUUCUUAAACAGGUUAUACAAUUCAAAGCAUCUUGAACGUGGUAUUUUUGUAGAUGAAAGGCCUUGAACAGGGGUAGACGUUGGCGGUGCACCGUCCACAUGUGCAGUUAAGGAGGUGCAAAUAGUCGAACAAAUGGUCUGGAGCAAAGCAAAUGGUCGUUCUCUCUUGCCUGGAGCAGGGAGUGGGGGGGAGAGUCAGUGAGACGGGGGAGAGAUAAAAAAUGACAUUUUCACAGUCUAAAAGCAGUUGAAAAGUUAGUACUACCAAAUCUGUUCCUGCUGAUCAAUAACAAAGUGCCAAAAGUGCUCGACGCUCAAGCUGAAUAUAUACCAUAAAAAGUUGGAAAUGAGGGAAGGCACGUAGUUAACCUGUAACAGGCCUUCAGAUAGUUGGGAAAACGCAAAGAAAAGUGAGCUAGAAAAAAUGGUGAAAGGGUGGGGUUAGGGAGAGAGGGCGAAAGAACCUCUUUUCCUCCUCCUACUCUCUCCCUCUUACUCUCUUCCACGUUUGUUUUCCUCCGUUCUUUAUUUUGUGCCACUGUCCACUACGCCUGGAACAGGCUAGUUCAUAGUGGGCCAGAGAGUUUUUUCCAAUGCCAAUGCAAGGGAUCUAUAGAUGUCCAUUUAGGAGCAUUUGACAUUUUAAUAGUUCAUACUCAUGCUGCAACUACUCCUGCUUUAGCAUUAGUAAUACUAAAAUGCCUCGAGGUCUUGCGGGCUACUUAAAAUCGUUUGCCCAGAGAUUUGUUUUGAUUUUCUGAUAGAUUGGGGCCUAGUUAAGCCGUAGAAAGUCAAUUUGCAAAAUUCUAAGUUAUAGCACAUUGUAAAAAUUUGCAUUAUUUUAUCGCUAUAAUUUUGAAUGGUAAAAAUUGUCAAUAGGGCCUAUUUUUAACAAUGCCUUUUUGGCCACAACAUUAUUACAGCUUUCACAAAUUUAAUAUAUAGAUUUAGCCAGGGCUAAAAGCGAAGCUCUCUUUAAUAUUUAUGGAUUCCUCAAAGAAAAUAUAAAAUCGAUGAAUACUAAAGACAAGUUGAAAGCAACGAAGACGCUAAAAACAACAACAAUAGAUCUAAUUAGCAAAAAAACAACUUUGCACGUGCAGCACACUUUUUUUCUAAUUAGCAAAAAAAACAACUCUGCACGUGCAGCAGUUUUUUUUUUGUACAUUUCACCGUUGUUUUACACGACUAACGUGAAACUUCUUUUUAGCUUCCUAUUUACGCGUUUUAUGGAGGAAAUGUUUGUGUUCCUGUUCAUUCUAUUUUUUCACUGCCGCUGCUUUUUCACAUUAGUAGCCGAUAGCAUUCUUCAUUUUCUAACCGCCGCUAUAUAAUUUUCAUGUUUUUCUUCCAGCGGCAUUAGUCUCCGUUGUUAUUUAUUUCACGGUCCUGACAAGUGUGACACUUGACAUCGGCUUACAUGAAGUGUGUGUACGGGUGGGCGGGCGGGCGGGCGGGCGGGCGGGCGUACGCUACGUCAUAACCAAAUUUUAUCGGAUGGAUAGUUUACCAAAUUUUCUUACCCAUGGUGCUCCGCUGGCGCGCUUCGCGCGCGAGAGCUCCGCUAUCAUCUUGUAAGAAAGAAAGGGUCAUAAAAACUAUUCGUGUUCUUCAAAGGCUGCCAAAAUGUUGUGGUUUGACGUACAAGUCAAUGAAAUUUGUGUAAAAUUUGCUUUUCCAGAAGUGGAUUUUGAGCUCUGACCGGGCAAAAUGAGUUUUCUCGAAUUUUAACAAAAGAACACGUUAUUUGGGAAAACUAACUACAGCAUGUUUCAUUACUCAUUAAGGGUUAUCGAUGAGCCAAAAAUGAGCGAAAUUUGAAUUUUGAACUUGUGUCACAAAAAGUCGAUUUUGGUCAAUAUUUACCGACAGUUGCUGUUAAUCAUGUAGAGACAAAAGGAGGCAGUGUACUAUACUUCAGCCAAGAUAAGCAUAAGCUUACUUAUAUGUAAGUGUAUAAAAGGCAGUCGAGACAAAAAUUUAAGCACACUGUAGUAUCAUGAAUUAUAAACGUGUCUGCAUCAUUAGUUUCAUUAUUUUCAAGUUUAGAUCCACUGUGCAAAAACCGUUCUUUCAACUGAAGAGAUUUCCACACGUGUUUAACCACAUUCAAGGCGGUUAAAGUCACUCCAGAUCUUCUGCUUUGACAUUUUGAACAUUAAACUAUUCAAUUUUCAAACAGUGAAAAGGGAAGGAAAAUAUAUAAGUUAACAUGAACUUGAAAUAGCAACUCAGUUUGUACAAGUACAGUAUGUGGAAGAGAACAGAUGUCCGAACUUUCAAGGUUUGUUUACAACAAAGCUCAUCAAAAGUCACGAGAAAUGACACGUGAAAUCUGACGCUCAGAAGGUGAAUUGGAUUGUGCUGGACAGAACUGGCUGCAUGCUGGACUGGCCUUUUUUAACAUAAAAUGGACGUUUUAGAGUCAGUUAGGAAUUGGCUGAUCUGGUGGGAAAGUCAUGAUCAACACUGAAAUUCUCUUUGAAACAGGACUGGUCUGGCCAACCAGUUUUGAGGAAUGGUAAGCACCCUUAAUUGCCUUAUGCAAUGGUACACUUUGAACAAGUUAUUUGUUUUUAAACAAGUUCACGCAAAAAGUGAUGAUGAUGAUAAAGACAGACCUGCUUCCUAACGGGCGCCCACUUACCAAAGGCACCUACCAUUUGCCCAGGGAGCCAGAACAGGCACUUAAAACUUAUGAUUCUCAGGCCAACUUCAGGUGAACAAACUCCCUGCUCAUUCUGCACUUGUGAAACAAAAAUGGAAAAUGUUUGGUUGUUGGCUGUGGGCGAAAAUUAUUUCCGCCGAUAAAAGGUAAACAAACAAGCUUCGCUUCUAUGACUUCUGCUGCAGUGCAGUUGAAGUUUCUCGUCUGAAAAUGGCCUGGAGUGAAUUUUGAUAAUAGUCUUGUAAAAACUUUGGUAUUAAAAUCAUGACUUUUUCCCAAGCGAUAGAAAUAUCAGGUCGGUAUUGCAUGUAUUAAAAACCGAUAGAAAGUCGCGAUGCGUGGAGAAAGCAAGAGGUUUCAAGUUUUAUGGUAUGCAAAUUUUACUUUUGCAAGUUUGUAGAAUUUUCUAUCUUACUAUGAACACGAAGAGUACACUCGGAGAUUUAUUUUAUCAUUUAUUCUGCUUAAUAUAAGCCUCUAUUUUUUGUUGUAUGUUUUGUGGUAAUUUUUGAAAGGCUCGCACAAAAACAUUACAGUUUUUGAAAAGGAUUUACAGCAGCUAUUCAAGAUUCAAGGUCAUAUUUUAAUCUCUUAUUAAUUUACGCUGUCUCGCAUGACGUAUGUGAAAACAUGCCUUCACAAACACAAAUACCUUUUUGAUAGUUCAAAAGAGAGACUUGAUACAAAAAUAUUGAAUCACUUUUCCAAACUUCAAGAUAAAAAACCUUUCAUUGGUCCUUUUUUAUCGCCUAAAAAUGUGAACUUAACUUCGCUUAAAUUGUACAUGCAAGUGUUGUUAGUUGGUGCAUUUGCUCUACAUGUGAAUGGUUAUUGUUAUUUUUUUUGAGAAAUAAAUCAUUGCUCGAAAUCUUUUCAAGUAAUGAAUACACGGCUGUCAUUGAGAUGUGGGGGGCCAGGGAUUUCCUCCGGCUACUAAGAACUUCAAGGCCCCCGGCUACUUUCAAAUAGAAGAAAAAUAGAAUCAAAAAAAUUGCUAGCCAUUUGAUUCCCCACCUACUUGUUGUAUUUAAACGGCAACUUGAAAUCUUAGUGACAGCCCUGUGAAUAUAAAAAAAAUUGUUGGUUGUCUUUUUCUCAAGACUAGAUUUUCACGUUUUCAAAACUCAAUUCGUUCAAGUUUCGAGUGUCUUCUGUUUUUGUCUUGUCAUUCAAUGCUCCUUAGCAUUGUGUGAUGAGACAGAAACAGCUGCGAGGGAGACUUGGGUUUCGAGAAGCGUGAAUCAAGGUCUGAGGAUCUGGUCGAGACUGUCAACUUAAGAUCCUGGUGAACUAAUAAAUUAAAACUGGAUUUAGGUACCCUGGCUCCAGGGUUCUGUUCUCAAAAUACAAUGAAGUAAAACAAACCUCUAGUACAUAAAAAAGGUGAUUUGCCCUUGAAUGUUGGCUGACCCUUUUCUAUGCUACUGUUUGUGCCCUCGAGUUGGAUAAAUAAUAAAUUUGAAGCUUAUGGAUCAACUGAUUAGUGCACCAGCUGUCGUGUGCUAGAAGUUUGACAUGUCAAUAAUUAAAGUUUUUGAUUUUUUUGAAUGGGCUCCUAGAAAUGUGGCUCAGGCUCCUAACUUUUUAUUUUAGGGGCCCGAAGGGCUCCCAAAAAAUUCUUAGGCAGAAAUCUUGGCAUUGAUUACUUAGGAACAAGUGAAUACUUCAGUGGUUGAUAGAAAGAAGAUUCUUAAUGAGCAAAACUUUGCUGGUGAGGCUAACUGGCCGGGUGUUGUAAACUUUCAUUGUAUGCAAAGGAGUCUUGUGAUGAGCAUGCGGUUUAUAUGCAGCACUGAUUGAAAUGACAAUUCAUGUUCAUCACGUUUUUGCUCUCUAGCAAUGAUGUAAUUUCUCUUUAAUCAAGGCCUUUGAUUUUUGUGUAUUUAUAUUUGCGUACUCAAUCAAUUUAGAAACAAAUCAUCAAGUACGAAUCAGAAUACUCAAGCGUUGAUAACGUAGGAAGAGAAAAACUUUUAGCAAGGAAAUCCUGUUUCAUGUAGAAUUAAUCAUCUCCUCAUUUCUUAUCUAAGCUACAAGCAAGCAAGACUUGCAGCUUUUAAGGAUGUUCUUAUGUAAUUUAAGGUCAAAGCAGCUACAGAUUGUAGGGCACAGUUAGUAAACUGGGAUCCCCUGACCUGAGUUUUAUUCUUGUUUGUAGGAAUGGAGCAACUAUGAUCUCUUUGAUGAUCCCUCCAAAAGAUCAAAUCUCACGUGUGGCAAAGAUGUUAGCAGAUGAAUUUCUUACUGCUUUACCACUUAUUUCCACUUUCAGCAGGUAACUUUCUUUGGUUCAGUUAUUAAGAAAUUACUGUUUUUGUCUUGUUCAUGUUCAUGAAGUUUGAAGAAAGCAGUUGGGCUUAGAGCAUUGCACUAUAGCUGUGUGUGUUUGAAAUGCUAGACUAUCACUUGUUAUGUCUGUAACAGUAUUAUUGGGAACUGUCUGUAAAAUUAUACUUUUGUCUUUCAGGUUUUCUGUUCUCAGUGCUAUUACAUCAGUACAGCAGAUACUGAAACUUUAUUCAAAAGGUUUGUUUCUCUUAUUUCUUUCUUUAGUUUUUAAGCACAUGGUUUCACUAUUUCCAAAUAGCAGGGAUGAAGCUGGAAACAACUGACUGUUGAAGUAGUACCCAGCUAGUGCAAGAUGCUUUGCAGCUGGACAUUAGCCCAAAAUACAAGUACAGUGCUGGCUAAUUUCUGUGGCGGAAAAAACAGCCCUUACACUCUCAGUAUCAUGUCAAAAUUGACAAAGAUGCAGAGGGAAAUAUUCUCCUUGAUAAGCAGUUAGGUGGUACAAUGUAGCUCCCCAUAAAGAAAUAUCCUACAUCUGAGUAUUUACAGAUAUUCAACGCACAAGGAAUUCUCAACUUACAGUACAUCAUUAGGAGUAAUUUAUUGAAGAAAUUCAUCAGGCUAGUAAAGUUAAUAUCUAUUUAAAUGUCCUCGAAACAUAGCCAAGAAAAGUCUUAAUCUUUGAUGAUUUUCAAGUUUUGUUAAAGAUGGUUGACAGUCAUCGAAACUGUCAGCAUCAUUAAGACUUUUCUUGGCUAUGUUUUGAGAACAUUUAAAUAGACAUUAGAAGUAAUACUGAGUGUAAACCUUGCAGAUAUUGUUGUUGUUGCUUAUUGUGUGUGUUGCUGUGUAUUUAUCAUAACAGUUCCUACCAAUGGCCUUGUGGUUUACUGUGGAACAAUUGUAACAGAUGACGGCAAAGAGAAGAAAGUGAACAUAGACUUUGAGCCUUUCAAACCAAUCAACACAUCACUUUAUUUGUGGGAUAACAGGUUCCACACAGAGGUAAUCUUUCGCUGAGUGAGAAGAUGUGUAAUAAUCACCACAAAAGAACAUGUUGGUGGACACUCCCUAAUGAAAGGGACCGUGUUGCUUGGCAGAAGUAAGAAUUCAACCUCUAAAAAAGACUACUCUGGCCAUUGCUCAGGCCGAAAGGAGCCCAAACUAAAACAUGAAAUCAGACCUACAGGGGUUUAAUUGCACUAAAGAUGUUGACAUCAAAUGCUAUUUUGAACUCAGUAUAAGGGUGUUUGGUUUUAUUUUAAAGACAUUUAUUUGCCCACAAACCUGUAUGGAUAAAAAUAUUUCUUUUUUGUUGUAAACUUUGGAAGUGAGACUGAAAUGUACACUUUGCAUCUCUAAGCAAGACAACAAGCAUCCCUGUCCCUUAAUAAAUUAUUGGAUUUCCCCUGGGAAGAAAAGUAACAGUUUGGAGGUCGAUUUUGAUAUCAUGGUGAAGAAGUCAGUUUCAACAACCCAUCCAUGAAUGUACAUAUGUAUUUCAUUCUGCACAAUUUGCCUGGUAGGUGGAUUUCGCAUGGAGGACAGGGCUUGAAAGAAUUUCGCACAUGACGCCGGUCAAGUUGUCCGGUCAAACCUGUUUUUGCUCGGACACAACCCGUUUUUGGGCGGACAAAUGUCUUUCAUCUAGGAUUAUCUGAUUGCACUUUACGGUAAAAUACAUGCGGACUAUUAUAAAAAUACUUAACAACAUUACACACGCUACUCCUGAAUUUGCAGUGACGACUUUAUAGAGAACAAAGCAAUAACUUUUUAACUUGCAACUCCCGGGAGAUGAAAAGCCACCAUUACCACCCUGCCGCGCAGGGCUUCUGAAAUUUCGCUCAGUCACAGAGCCGCGAAAUUCAGGUAAAUCCGCGAAAACCCGUGAAAUUCAGUAGAAAUCUUACCAAAUACAUGUCAGUUCAACAUAUUUGAGACUUAUCUCGGCUAAUGGGGCUGUUUUCACCAUAGACUUGAGAAUUUAUCUUGAAACUUCGUCACUGCAACGAGAAAACGUCCCAAAACUACCAGGUGUUGGAAAACUGUCAGUGAAAGAUUCCGGCAAUUCCACGUUUUUACAAAAAGGUCAACGCUGCUACUUAAAAGAAGCAGAAAAACUAAGUUUCUGCAUUCAUUUUUCGUAGAACAAAAUGCAAAAUUGUUACCUUUUUUGUCUAUGCUUGUCGUUGACGUUAAAAGUUAAGAAAAGGUACCUUUUUUGAAAAAGAAGGGAGGUAUUUUCAGCUUUCGAGUGAAUGAUAUUUUGACGUCAAUAUUGUCCGCUCUUCAUCUAUUUUUCACUUUACCAAACGAUGUUUUAAAGCGCCGCGAAAGAGGUACCUUUUUUUCAGUUUCAAGCGAUCUCAUGAAAGGCGCAGAAAGGAAUCUUUUUUGCAGUUGGAAGCGAUGUUCGCAAAAGCGCAAAAACGGUACCUUUCUUGCAGUUGGAAGUGAUGUUGUCAAAGGCGCGAAAAAGGUACCUUUAAAGUCUUAAAAAAUAAAAGAUAGUGUUUUCAAGCCAUUGGGAAGCCAUUUCAAAUCCUAUUGAUUGACAGAUGUCAACCUUUGGCACCUCUUGAGCUUCAGUCAACGGUGCAGAGACUUUUUUUUUAGGGCAUUCUAGGUGAUCCAUAUAAAAUUGAAAUGGUCUACAAGGGGAAUCAGCAGAGUAAAAAAUUUUAGCUUGCUUCUUUUAGCCAAGAUCAAAAGCGAGAAACUAGAAGAAAUCCGAAAAUACUGGCCACCAGCCAAAUGGAUGAAAUGGCUCCUGAAAAUGUAACAACUUCUGGUACUUGAAAACUAGAUGCAAGAAGAGGAGCUCAGCAAGCGCAAUUUUAAGCGUGGAGCAAAUACUUUAACCUGAAAGAAGUCCUACAUGAAAAGUCGAACCAUUUUAAUUUGCAAAAAAAAUCUACCUCGAUCUACAACAAACAGCAGAAGUGUUCACUUUUCUUUUCCUUAAGGUUGCGUUCAAUUGGGAAAUCCGAAUUUAGGGUGCGUUCGAUUGGGAAAUCUGGAUUUAGAUUUUAAAAUCCGGAUUUCGGAUUUGCAAUC